AUGUUUAGUGAGAUGAAUCCUGAUCGGACGGAAUCCCUUCACCUCUUCCAGAUCUUCUCCGUGAUCACCUUGAUGGGUUACCCGCUGUACCUCGUCGGGAUUUCGUAUCUUCGAUUCCGGUUCUGCCGGCCUGUGGACUCCAACUGCAUGAUCGGGGCCACUGUCGUCUCCGCCGUUUCCGUCGUGGCGCAUUCGCUUCUCAUCCAUGGAAUUCGGAAGGCGAAGAGGAAACUGAUGAUCCCGUGGUUGUGCCUGUAUUCCCUUUUCCUGCUCCUCAUCCUGUUGUCUGCGGUCAUCCUGCUCUUCUCGACGAUCCUCUAUGGCACAUACAGGCAUCCCGUCGCCGUGUUCCUCGCCGUCGUGACCGUCUGCCUCCUCGUCAGCUGCCCCGUCGCCAUCCACUUCUUCAUCGUCGUCUUCUCCUAUUUUAGGGAACUCGAAAACGUGCCGCCACAUCGAAAAGGACAGGAAAUGGUUUUCCUCGAGGAGCCCAUUUACAGCGCGACGUUGGACGAGGAUUGA